GCCGACUUCUGGUUGGAUAAUCUCUGGUCUGAGACACAAUUACAUCCAGGCAUGUUGGCGCUACAGCUCGGACGGCCUUGAGACUUCAUUGCCAGUCUCUGACCACAAAAGAAUGGACUCAAGCAACUCGCCAAUACUUGACCACCUUGGUUGACACACUGCUACGAUGAUAUUGAAAUAUCUCCUCUAUCGAGUGGCUUACUUCACGACAGCACUCUUGCAUCUCCAUUGGAACGAGCUCAUCAGUGCUGGUGCUACCAUUACAGUCAUGUGCCUGUCCAAUACGAAGCAGCCAGUGGUCCUCAGGCUCUUCCGCCUCCACGCCAUGGUAAUGCUUUGUUUUGUGCUGGGUGCACUCUUUAAUCAAGUCUCUGCGUCGUCGGGCCAGGUACUCAUUGGAACAUCGAGUGUUACGCUACAAUUUGACGACUUGGAAACACGUCGUGGAUGGGGUGAGCUAUCUCAACCAUAUGCCGGGCUGGUCUUUGACGGAUUCUACCCAUUCAAGCCGAGCCAUCCGACAUUCGAAGGCCUCAUAUCGCUACACGACUUGAACUGCGCAGUGUCAAAACCAAAUGCUCUCCAUGGAACUCGAUACAAUCUCCAGGGCAGGUCGGCAUCCACGAAACAACAGCCUCAAACUACACGCCUACCUUCUUUUCGUCCAAGCAAUGAAGAUGCAGUCUUCACGCUUGAAAGCAUCAAGAUGAAGCCCCUCAAUUUCCCCAUCAAUCAAGUCAGAAUGCAUCUGCGUGGUGUGCGGGCGACCUCUGAUAGCUCAGCGCCCGAGGAUAGUUCAGCACUGGAGUGGAGUGUCGACUUCCCAGCUGGAUUCCACGACGUCUUUCAUGUCAAGCUGGAGGAGUUCACGCAUCAUACAUGGGACAAUAUGACUCGUGUUGAGAUCUGGGCGGACUUCCAUAAUGCUGGCAGCAGUAUGGACUGGGAAUUUUGCAUAGAUGAUCUCGCGGUAGAAUAUUCUGUACGUUGA